AUGGGUGUUUUAUUUUCUACAAAUAAAAGGUUUAGAUUUUUAAUUUUGGGAUUGGACGGAGUUGGUAAAAAGAAAAUUUUAUAUAGAAUUAAACAUAACCAAGAUUAUCCGACACUUCCAUCUAAAGGUAUAUUUAUUGAAGAAACUCAGUUUAAUAUCCAUAGUGGUAUCCAAUAUGAUUUAUAUAUGAUGGUUUUUUGUGGGCAAUGUAAGAUUAGAGAAUUUUGGCCUAAUACCUAUAAGAAUAUGAAUGCAGAUGCAUUAAUUUUUGUUAUUGAUGCAACAGAUAAAUGCAGAAUAGAGGAAACUAAAGAAGAAAUACAUAUUUUAAAUAAUAAUGAAGAUUUUAAAAAUGACCCAUUUUUAAUUUUGGUUAAUAAAACAGAUGUGCCAUUAUCAAUGAAAUCUAUUGAAUUGGUUAAAGUUUUGGGUUUGGAAAAUUUGUCAAAAAAAAGAAAAUGGAAUAUUAUUGAUACAAAUGCUUUAGUAGAUAUAAAACUUGGUGGAAUUGAUAAGGGUUUAAUUUGGUUAUUAAAUACAUUAACAUAUGAUCAUUAG